AUGGUAUUAAAUAAGCAGUCGUCGCUCGAUGAUUUAGUUCAAUAUACACAGUUAUUUAAACCAGUAGCUACAGUAUUGCAAGGAACUAUAUUGCCGUUUCUAAUCAUCUAUCCUAUAAUCUUCUAUUGUUGGAUAUUUGUAUACAAUUUUGACGAAAACUUUGAGGCUGGAUUUGUAACUGUUGCUGUUGUGGCAAGCAUACAAAUUUUAAUAUGCCUAUGUUGUUACUGGAGUGUUCACAUACAAUGUUUUCUAUCGUGCUCACCGGAAAGUGAUCCCAUUCGUGCCGAGAUUGUAAAAGUGGUACCAACAUCUAACAAUGGAUUUCCAGAAGUUGUUAGACUUCAUCAUACAAAGUCAACUAAAAGAGGUGAGGUUAACCCAGAUGUGUGGUUUGUUUUUCAAAAAAGCAAGUAUGUUUAUGAUUGGGACAAAAAAUCAUUUCAAUCUGUGGUUUUUCCUGUAAACAAAUAUCAUGAAGAGUAUUUAGACUCAAAAGGAUACUCUGAUGAUGAAUCUAUAGAUUUAGCUGAGAAGGAGUUUGGAAAAAAUGAAAUGAUUAUGGUAGUACCAGAAUUUAUGGAAUUAUUUAAAGAAAGGGCAACUGCACCCUUUUUUGUAUUUCAAGUAUUUUGUGUAGGUCUCUGGUGUUUGGACAAAUAUUGGUAUUAUUCUAUAUUUACCCUUGUCAUGCUGGUGAUGUUUGAAUGCACAUUAGUCCAACAACAAUUAAGAAAUAUGGCUGAAAUAAGAAAAAUGGGUAAUAAACCUUAUAAUAUAAAUGUUUAUAGAAACAGAAGAUGGCGCCAAAUUAUGAGUGAUCAGUUGCUCCCUGGAGAUAUUGUUUCUCUCACUCGUUCUGUCAAUGAUAACCUGGUACCAUGUGAUAUUGUUUUACUUAGAGGUUCCUGUAUAGUUGAUGAAUCAAUGCUGACUGGCGAAAGUGUGCCUCAAAUGAAAGAACCUCUAGAAAACAACAAGAACACCAAACUAUGUUUAGACCCAGAAGGAGAUGGCAAAUUGCAUGUUCUCUUUGGUGGCACAAAAAUUGUACAACAUUCCUCACCUGGAAAAAAUGUGUCAUCUGGUCUUAAAGCACCUGACAACGGAUGUAUAGGUUAUGUUAUACGUAACGGGUUCAAUACAUCACAAGGAAAACUUUUGAGGACAAUUUUAUUUGGAGUUAAAAGAGUAACUGCUAACAAUUUAGAAACGUUUGGUUUUAUAUUAUUCUUGUUAAUAUUCGCCAUUGCUGCUGCAGCCUAUGUUUGGAUUAAGGGAUCUGAAGAUCCUGAAAGAAAUAGAUAUAAAUUAUUUUUGGAAUGUGCUUUGAUAUUGACAUCAGUUGUUCCUCCUGAACUACCCAUAGAACUAUCAUUGGCUGUUAAUACUUCUCUACUGUCUCUGUCGAAGUUGGCUGUGUUCUGUACUGAGCCUUUUAGAAUUCCUUUUGCUGGAAAAGUUGAAAUCUGUUGUUUUGACAAAACUGGUACUUUAACUAGUGAUAAUUUGGUUGUGGAAGGCAUAGCAGGAGUAGCAGACCACACUGAUGCAACUGUGAUUCCUUUGUCAGAAGCACCUUUGGAGACAAUUCAAGUCUUGGCAACCUGUCAUUCCCUAGUUCAAUUAGAUGAUGGAGUAGUUGGUGAUCCCCUAGAAAAAGCAACUUUAAAGGCAGCAGAAUGGAAUUUAACCAAAGGUGAUGCUGUUGUACCAAAGAAGGGAAAAUCUCCAGGCUUGAAGAUUGUUCAUAGAAAUCAUUUUGCUAGUGCUUUGAAAAGGAUGUCAGUAGUAGCAGGUUAUCAGGUUAAUGAAAGAGGUUUUGUAGAAACACACUAUAUAAGCAGUGUUAAGGGGGCACCGGAAACCAUAAAAACAAUGCUGAAAGAAGUUCCUGAACAUUAUGACGACGUUUACUUGACCUUAUCUAGACGAGGCGCGAGAGUGUUAGCUUUAGGUUAUAAAAGUUUAGGCAAAAUGAGUUCUCAAGAUAUAAGAGAAUUAUCAAGGGACGAUGUUGAAUCAGAUCUAACAUUUGUUGGCUUUGUGAUAAUAUCCUGUCCUCUGAAAACAGACUCAAAGAAGGCAAUAGCAGAGAUAGUGAAUGCAUCUCAUUCCGUGGUAAUGAUUACAGGGGAUAACCCUCUGACAGCAUGUCACGUUGCUAAAGAACUAAAGUUUACACAGAAAAAUGAUCUGCUUAUUUUGAAUAAAACAAAUAAUGAGUGGAGUUGGAAAUCUAUUGACAAUAGUGUAGACCUGUCGGUGCAGCAUUUUAAAACACCCAAAGAGUUGACUGCCAAAUAUGAUUUAUGUAUUACGGGGGAGGGUUUGACAUUCCUAAUUGAACAAUAUCAUAAGUUCUUAAUUGAUAUCAUUCCAUAUAUAAAAGUUUUUGCUAGAUUUGCACCAAAACAAAAAGAGUUUGUUAUAGUGACUCUGAAUUCUCUUGGCUAUGUGACACUAAUGUGUGGGGAUGGUACAAAUGAUGUUGGUGCACUAAAACAUGCUGAUGUGGGUGUUGCGAUUCUGCCAAACGCACCUGAAAGGGCUAAGGAUAAACCUCGAGAAGAAAAACCAGAACCUGAACUUCCACGUCGGUUGACAGGGCCCAGAGACCCUCGAGCUGAAGCUAGGGCUGAAGCAGCCAUGCGUCUGCGCAGGGCCAUGAAGAAGUUAGAAGAGGAAGACCAACCGCAAGUUGUGAGAUUGGGAGACGCGAGUGUCGCCGCGCCGUUUACUAGCCGAUUGUCUAGUAUAUUUUGUAUAUGCCACAUUAUCAAGCAGGGUCGUUGUACUUUAGUAACUACCCUCCAAAUGUUUAAAAUUCUGGCUCUCAAUGCCCUAAUACUGGCCUACAGCCAGUCGGUGUUGUAUCUCGAUGGUAUCAAAUUCAGCGACACUCAGGCGACUCUACAGAGUAUUUUGCUUGCUUCGUGUUUCCUCUUCAUAUCACGGUCUAAACCGUUGAAAGAAUUAUCAAAACAGCGCCCUCUGCCGAAUAUUUUCAAUAUGUAUACAGUUAUGACUGUGUUGACUCAGUUCGCGGUGCAUUUUAUAUGCCUCAUAUAUCUCGUACAAGAGGCCACUCUUCGCUCACCGGAUAGAGACAAUACACCGAAAUUGGACAUGGACUUGAAGGAAGAUGAAGAACGUCCGUUUAAGCCAGAUCUCCUUAAUAGUACCGUCUACAUUAUCUCUAUGGCUCUACAAAUAUCUACAUUCGCUAUAAAUUAUAGGGGCGAGCCGUUUAUGGAAGGUCUGCGUGAUAACAAGCCGUUGAUGUACAGCAUAAUGAGCUCAGGCGCAGCUGUCCUCGCUCUAGCCACUGGCAUCUUCCCGGGCCUCACUAACCUCUUCGAAAUUGUCUACUUCCCGCCUGACUAUCGGCUAAUAGUAGUACAAGUGCUGGUAGCGGAUAUGUUGUUUGCCUAUCUGGUAGACCGGGUCUGUCUCUGGCUUUUCGGUGAAGGUCGCGUCGGCGCACUAACGUAG